AUGACAUCCUACCUUCAGAAAGAAAGAAUCCCACACCAGUGGAAAACCUCGCGAACCAUUCUUAUGCAUAACAAAGGUGACCGAGAGGACGUUCGGAACUACCGUCCGAUAUGCUUGCUGAGCGUGUUAUACAAAAUAUUCACCAAGAUCUUCCUCACGCGCAUAUCUAGGACCCUGGAUGAAGCCCAGCCUCAAGAACAAGCUGGAUUCCGCCAAGGAUUCAGCUGCUUGGACCACAUCCAGACCGUGUCGAUGGUCAUAGAGGUUUGCCGGGAAUACCGCCUGCCUCUUGUUCUAAUCUUCGUCGACUAUGAGAAAGCCUUUGACAGCGUAGAAACGAAUGCAAUACUGUCAGCGCUAGUCGAUCAAGGUGUGGACGCGCUCCCAAAUCGUGAAAACUUCGUCAUACGUAUACCUCGGGCGUUCUGUGAACAUGGAAAGAAGGAAGAACUGAGUAGAAAAACGAGAGCAGCAUGGGCAACAUCCGCAGCCGUGAGGGAGGCUACGGACCAACUGACGGACCAAGAUCUUCGUGCCCAUCUGUUCGACUCGACAGUUCUUCCAGCGCUCUAUUACGCAGUGGAGACGUGGGCAGACAGCGCAGCCACGUCUAGGAAGCUACUUACUACCCACAGAGCCCUUGAGAGAUGUCUUCUGAAGUUUAAUCGGCGCACACAACACCUAGCUGGUCUUCGCAGCUCCGACUUAAAAGAAAUGUACCGUCUUCGCGACCCAGCGGAAUAUGUAUCGAAAGCAAAACAUAGAUGGGCCGGUCCCAUCAUGAGAAGAAUCGACGAUAGUUGGACUAACAGAACGCUGGAGUGGAUCCCAAAAGAUGCUAAACGCCCUGGAGGGAGACCGCCAACGAGAUGGGGUGACGUGUUCGGUGCACGGAUGGACCAACUGAGAGCUCAGCUGGAUACGGCUCAAGGACCUCGUCAACGUCACUCACGAAACUUGAGAAGAUCUUGGAUGGUAAUGGCGAGGGAACAAAACGAGUGGAAGAGAUGCUGGUGCCCGCACGCCCAGUGA